GUUCUAUCCUUAGGGGCUGAUGUUCUACCAGAAUAUAAACUCCAGACACCUCGCAUCAACAAGUUUACUAUAUUGCACUAUAGUCCUUUCAAAGCUGUCUGGGACUGGCUCAUUUUGUUGCUGGUAAUAUACACUGCCAUAUUCACCCCUUACUCUGCUGCAUUCCUUCUGAAUGAUAGUGAGGAACGGAAGAGGAGAGAGUGUGGAUAUUCUUGCAGCCCACUGAAUGUUGUAGACUUAAUUGUGGAUAUUAUGUUUAUCAUUGACAUUCUAAUAAACUUCAGAACAACAUAUGUAAACCAGAAUGAAGAAGUGGUAAGUGAUCCAGCAAAAAUAGCAAUUCACUACUUCAAAGGCUGGUUCCUAAUUGACAUGGUUGCUGCAAUACCUUUUGACCUGCUGAUUUUUGGCUCUGGCUCUGAAGAGACAACAACAUUGAUAGGUCUUCUGAAGACAGCUAGACUGCUGCGUUUGGUGAGAGUAGCACGGAAAUUGGACAGAUACUCAGAAUAUGGUGCUGCAGUUCUGAUGCUCCUCAUGUGCAUAUUUGCACUAAUUGCACACUGGCUUGCUUGCAUUUGGUAUGCCAUUGGAAACGUAGAAAGACCUUACUUGGCUCACAAGAUUGGCUGGUUGGAUUCUUUAGGAGAACAACUAGGAAAGCAUUACAAUAAGAGUGAUGCAAGCUCUGGACCAUCCAUCAAGGACAAGUAUGUUACAGCACUUUAUUUUACCUUCAGCAGUCUGACAAGUGUAGGAUUUGGAAAUGUGUCUCCGAACACCAACUCAGAGAAAAUCUUUUCCAUCUGUGUCAUGUUGAUUGGCUCAUUAAUGUAUGCUAGUAUUUUUGGAAAUGUAUCUGCAAUAAUCCAAAGACUCUACUCGGGAACUGCACGGUAUCACAUGCAGAUGCUGCGAGUAAAGGAGUUUAUACGCUUUCAUCAAAUUCCCAACCCUCUGCGGCAGCGACUUGAGGAAUACUUCCAGCAUGCAUGGACAUACACUAAUGGCAUUGACAUGAACAUGGUCCUGAAGGGGUUCCCAGAAUGCUUACAAGCUGACAUUUGUCUGCAUCUCAACCAAAAUUUGCUUCAGAAUUGCAAAGCUUUCCAGGGGGCCAGUAAAGGCUGUCUUCGAGCUUUGGCUAUGAAAUUUAAGACAACACAUGCACCUCCUGGAGACACUUUAGUGCACUGUGGAGAUGUUCUCACUGCUCUUUAUUUUGUGUCAAGAGGCUCCAUUGAAAUCCUGAAGAGUGACAUUGUUGUAGCCAUUCUUGGGAAAAAUGAUAUUUUUGGAGAGAUGGUACAUCUUUAUGCAAAACCAGGAAAGUCAAAUGCAGAUGUGAGAGCUUUAACUUACUGUGACUUGCAUAAGAUCCAGCGAGAAGAUCUACUAGAAGUUUUGGACAUGUACCCUGAAUUUUCUGAUCUCUUUCUCACCAAUCUAGAACUGACUUUUAAUCUGAGAGAUGAAACUGCAAAGUCUGACCUCGUAAUAAGAUCACAAACUACUAAUGAUACGGAUGGAGAUAACUGCAAACUACGAAGACGGAAAUUAUCUUUUCAAAGUGAAAUAGAGAAAGAUUAUUUCAAAGAGGAUGAUCAGAGUGAUCCUGAACCACCAGGGGACACCACCAGAUACUACCAAUCUAUUAAGAAACACUUGGAGGAGAAAAAAAGUGCAUCAUCAUCUUUUGUUUCCUCCACUGAAGAUGAGCAAAAGCCCCUGUUCUCUGGGAUAGCUGACUACCCAUCUGUAACAGAGAAAACCUCAGAGGUGGACUUUGAAGAAAUGGUUCAUGCCACAGAAGAAAUACUUACUGUUAAAAGCAGCAAUUCUUGCAAAGAUAUCACUGAUAAAAGAGACUGGGAGCAGGAGAACAUCCAGGAGUACCAGGACUCCCCAACUCAGUCAGCAUUACCACAUGUUACAUGGGGCAUCUGUGAAACUGAAAGUGACUUUAUAUAUGGGGAAGUGGAGAAUCGAUUAGAUUUACUUCAAGAACAACUCAACAGGCUUGAAUCCCAAAUGACUGCUGAUAUCCAAACAAUCCUGCAGCUUCUGCAAAGGCAGUCAACGCUCAUUCCACCUGCCUAUAGCAUGGUGACUGCAGGUACAGAGUAUCAACAGCCAGCAAUCCAGGUUAUGCAGAAGCUUCAGCCUGCAGCAUCAGUUAAAACAGACAGAAGUUUCCGUCCUUCAUCUCAGUGUCCUGAAUUUCUAGAGCUUGAAAAAUCAAAACUUAAAUCCAAAGAAUCCCUCUCAAGUGGAGUGCAUCUUAACACAGCCUCAGAAGACAACCUGGCUUCUUUUUUAGAUGAAGAAUGUGAGCAGUCUGUAGAGUGUCCCCCACAGCAUCGUAAAACUUCUCUCCAACCAACUAGGCACCCUUCCUUGCCAGAAUCUUCACUAAGCACUGUAGGAAUCUUGAGUCUUCAUAGGCAUGUUUCUGAUCCUGGUCUUCCUGGGAAAUGA